CGCAACGUCUCUUAGAAAGCCUCAUCCUCGCACCUUCGUCCCGACCAGGUUGCCUGACUUUCACUUGGGACGGUCGCUCGAGCUUCGUCUCUUGGGCACCACUUUGUGCAUGCAUGCAUGACAGAUGCCAACAACCUCGUUGUUCUUUGUUUUGUUUUAUUCUACUAUCACGCUUCUCUUGAUUUUUUCUCACCACGAUAAAGCAUCCGAUUCUUGCUUGCUACAACGAGCUGUCUGAUUACCUACCUUCCCUACCUCGGCCUCUUCUUACCUUUGAAUCGUACCAUACAUUCUCAUACAUUCAUAUCCAUCUUAUGAAUCUUCACAUGUACAUUUAAUCCUCGCCUCCUCUGACCGACCAUUCAUUCCCUUCUAUACCCUAGCUUGCAACCAACCGGUGCCGCCCCUUUUCUUCUUCUUGCCACACUGGAAUGCAACACGGCCAAUAGCUACUUGUACAACCUCAAACCACCCAAACCCACCUUAUACCAAGCCAGCCUACCGCCUCAAAACGCCACUGUGGGCCCUUUCUCUCACGUCUACCGUAUAGACCGAAAUCAGCAAUACGCUCCCCUGCGACUUCUCCAAUUUGCUACCACUUCGAGAGAGCUGUCGUGAGAGCUCCUCUCCCUGGUUCACCCCCAGGAGCUUAACAGUUGAAUAUUGCUUCCCUCACGCUGGCGUCGACUGAAGCAUCAGACGCAACUCCGUCCAGUCGCAUCGUAGCGCAUACUCGCAAACAGUUUUCUCUCCAACAUGUUAGAACCGUUACCUCCGGAUCCGUACAAGGCGCUCGACAUCCCUGCCGAUGCCCAGUUCGAUGUCAUCAAGAAGAGGUAUAGGGAGCUUGUGCUGAAAUGCCACCCAGACAAGUGCCCAGGGGCGGAUAAGGCGGCUGCGACCGACAGGUUUGCGGCCGUUCAGAACGCAUGGGAGAUUCUGGGAGACGCGACCAAGAGGCAAGACUACCACAAACUCGUCAAACAACACAAGCUGGCGGAAGAGCUUGCGAGGAGUACUCGCCAGGCACCAGUACCUUCAGCCAGCCGUGGGCCGUCAUCGAGCGGAUACUACGGAACAAGCACAUAUCACUCAUCACCCCAGACACCUUACGGAUUCUCCAGGAGCGGCUCCAGCAAGACUCGCUUUGAAUAUGAAUCCCGCCACGCAUCAGCACCUUCAUUCUACGAGGCAGAUCCACGGAGCGGCCCGCAUGCUUCGAGGGAACCCCGAAGACCCAGCUCCUGGGACGAAGACCGCUCACGCGAGACAGAUCGAUCCGCUCGCGAUAGGGAUAGGGAAAGGGAACGCGACAGGGAACGGGAUCGUGGUAGGGGAAGCCCACCAAAUCGUGACCGCGAAAGAGAGCGCGAAGAACGCGAUCGCGAAAGGACACGGGGCAUAAAGCGGGAUGAAGACGAGCGCCAACGAAAGUUGAGAAGCAAGGAGGCGAAACGUGAAGAGAAGGAACGAGCCAAGGAGAACGAGAAGGCGGCCAGGAAGGAAGAGGCACGUAUCCAAAAAGCCAAGGAAGAAGAGAGGCUGAGGAAGAAGGCGGAGGCAAAGCGAAAGGAAAAGGAAAGGGUAAAGCAGGAAAGGGAUGACGAAGAGAGGCGCGCCGGACGAAAGCAGAAGAUGGAGAUGGAAGCGGAGAUCAAUAUACCACUAAGGGAAAAGAUGAAGAAGGCUCCUGUCGAAGACGAAGGUCGCUCAAAAAAGACAACCGUAACGGAGGAUAUCCGCAGCUUCCCCGAAGACUUUCCCAAGAGCGAACGGGAACACGAGAGACACAGCGAGAGGUCGAGGGACCGUGACAGCGGUCGCACAAAGGAGCAGCGGCGGUCAUCGCGUAGCGAGUCUAAACGGCAGAGCUCUCAUCCUCGCCGGACCACCUAUUUCGAGGAUGCACCGCCUACUUCGUCUCGAUCCUUGGAGGAUUCCGCCUUGACCAAGACCCAGAACCUGCCGCCCAAGUCAAAGACCCAACUUGAAGCGGCUUUAUAUCGCAUCUCUGCAAACGGCGGGUUGCCCACACAGUCACGCCCGCACGUCUCUUAUGCAGAUCAUGAGAUACAUGACUCUGCAGACUAUAAUCAUCGUGCCCCAAAGCUUCACAGAUCAGCUACCGACCAUAUUACCGGAGACUUUGGCUCUCGUCCCCCAAAACUUAGCCGAUCUGCCACUGAGAAGGUCUCAUCUCCGCGGCGAUCCUAUGAGCCCGACUAUGACGGAUAUGGAGGCACUUCUCCCAGUCGCUAUUACGAUAUCCAGGGCACUCCAUUUGGCCGUGCAAAGUUUGGCAACGUUGACACGCGGAAUCCGACCACUUCCAGCUGGGGAGGGCAUGUUGCAACAUCUCAAUGGGAAACCCCUCCUGAGUAUUCAUCAUACAUUCCGGAAAGUAGGCCGGCGAGAUAUCGCACCGCGGCGGCGUCUUACGACUAUUGAGGCAACCAACCAAUGUCGUAUGGAGUUGACUUCUGCAGCCCGUACGUCGAGUGAGCAUUAGCAAGGCUUUGCUUAGUGUGUGGCCGUGUCAAGGAUCUGAAGGCGGUCUGUUGGUUUGGAAGCUGUCUCAACGCGUGUUCUAACUGGCUGCGGAAGUGGUCGUGGGCAGUAGUAUCCUGGCCAGUGUUUGUGGUGCAUAUAUUCGUGGCGGUAGCCUAUUGGAUAUUUUGUUUUUCCAUCGUGAUUUGGAUCUGGAGUAUCAUAGUGAGUGGGCAUUUUCGGUAUGUUUGCCUGGGUGGCACUGUUUGUUUUCUGCGUGUACAACUGGUCUCUUUUUUCUUCCUCCUCUUGGUGUUGCAGUCAUAGCAACGCUAGACACUAUCCGGUUUGAUUUAGAUAUCAUAUCCGUAAAUCAUGAUCCACCCGUCUGAAUGGGG